UUGAAUGAUGCCGUGCUCGAUUACUCCUGUCUGACUCGGAAUCGGUGAUCAACUCGUCUGUCCUGUCAGCACGUGUGAUUUCAGAGCAGCGGUGUUUUUAUGGAUCCUGUGUGUUUUGAACUAUGGAAAGUGUGGUGCAAUCCCGAAUCCCAUCUGAGCAAAGCGAUAUUUUGGGAGUUGAGUCUCAACAUGGAACGGCUGCGGAUGCUUUGACCAAAGCAUUCCUAAAGAAUAGCCUUCCCCAAAUGAAGGAUGGACACAUUGAGGAAAUGAUGUUGCACAAGGCAGUGGUACUGGAAUAUAAAAGACCGACGAAGAAGAAGGGAAAGACAAGAAAGGCCAAGGGACUGAAUGCCAAAGAAAGAAGACAGCUUAAAAUAUUCCAGCUCAAACCUGAACAUCAAAAGUAUGAACUCUUCUUGCCUCUGCAUGAGCUAUGGAAACAGUACAUUGUGGAUCUAUGUAAUGGAUUGAAACCAGGAAGCAACCCACAGAUGAUCCAGCAGAAGUUCUUGAAAGCUGAUUUCCAUGGUGCUGUCUUAACAGUUGUCCGAUCAAAAUGCCCCUCAUAUGUGGGUCUAACUGGCAUCUUGGUACAGGAACUGAAGCACGUCUUCAAAAUCAUUACAAAAGAGGACAAACUAAAAGUUAUACCGAAGAGGAAUAGUGUGUUCAGUGUGGAGAUCGGUGAUUUCGUAACGCACAUCUAUGGCAGCAAGUUUGAACUGCGCUCUAGUGAGCGGUCGGCAAAGAAAUUCAAAGUAAAAGGAACUAUUGACUUGUAAUGGGAAGUUUUAAACAUCAUGUCAGCUUUAACUGUUGGCUCAUACUGGGGAAUUAAGAGACAACAUUUAAUCAUUAUGGAUUUCUUAGCUGCUUCCUCUUUAUUUAUUUUUUUAUGCUUUAAAUCUGACCUGGCUUGAAACUACAGUAUAUUGGGCAUUUAGGAAAAGUAGUAGUUUUUGAUUGUCCACCAGGAGGAGCCCUUUUUGGAAGAGAAGAGAGGAAGAAUGAAGAAUUUUAACCUCCUCAGUUCUCUCUCUCUCUCUCUCUCGCUCUCUCUCUCUCAUCCCUGGUUCCUGUCACUUCAUUUUUAUACAAGGUUCCCACAAACUCUUUAUUUAUGACCUUAGUAUAUCCUCAAAGGUAGUCAGCACUGCUAAUGCUAAAAAUAAAAAAUACUACCAAUAAAUAUCAUACUUCCCUAAGAACAUCUUAAAAAAUCUUUUGUUAAUGUUGUGUUACACGGUAUGAUAGCAGAUCCACAAUAAUACAAUAGUACAAUCAUUUAAGCCAAGUACUGUUAAAAGCAGUGUUUUCAGACUUGUACUUGAACAAGCACCACUUCAGAUCUCCAGUUCAAACGGCACUAAGUAAAAUUGGAACAAGUUAUGUUGUUUUGUUUCACUGAAGUAUAUGUUGUGAUAUUUGCCUGCUUACAAAACAAGGAUUUUUUUUUCCCACCGUGAAACAGGGCCUGAUACUUAGUCAAGGUUUUUUCCUUGUUGGGUGACUCAUAAACGCCUCUUCCUGUAAUGGCAGGGAAAUCCAUCCUUCCUAUACAAGACACAGAACAGGUUUUCUAAUGAAAUAUGUAAGAGUUUCUGUUUAUUGCUUAGUGCUAAAUAUCAAAUAAUGUCGAUUUUUUUAAUUUUUUUAUUCUGAGAGCAUAGUACAUAUUUUGAACAGUUUGAGUUAAAGGAAGCUGAGAAACAUUGACUGCUUAUGUACUGAAAUAUGACAACCAUGGAUGUUACCAUUCUUGCAGUUAAACAUAAAGUCUAUUCAUCAUUCUGCUGCGCAAUGUCUUUUAUGAGAAAAGAGGUGCCUUACAUUUAUAUGUUGUCUCCUCUGAAAUCACUGUGUCAGUGUUGCAUCAUAUGGAUCCUCCAUAUACUUCCUCUAAAUCACUUUUUUUAUUUCUACAAGAAACAUUAUAGCCUAUUAACUGUCACACAUAAAGUUUCAGAUUGUGCUGUGCAUUAAACGGAUAGACCUUGCUCAUAAAACAAGCCUGUUGUUUACAGUCACUUUGCAGAAAUGUCUGUCCAAAAACUCGUUUGGCUGGUUUCGGCAUCCGACUGGUUUAAGGGUCAAAGUUCUGUUGUUGUUUUGACUCUAUUGCUUAGAAAAUCAGAUAAUAGAGUUCUCUGCUAUCUAAUCCGAUACUGUUUAUCAGAGAAACAACAAAUAUAGACUUAAUUGUUCACUUCACGUCAUUCGAGGUGUGUAUGAAUAAAAAAAAAAAAUCAUCAUAUAGUUAUUUGAAAAAGAC